CCGCCAUCACUGACGCUAGUUCCGGUUGUGCAGCAGCCAUUUUGUCUGUUCGGGCCUAACGGUUGCGAACUGCAGUUCCACCUUUGCAAACAAUUUGAAAUGUUGUUGUUUUUACUUUAAUUUAACGCCGUUUAGCAUCUGAGCGCCGCAUAAAAUUUCCGUCUCAUUUUUCGAAGCCGGAGAGGGCCGCUCCUCUUCGACAGAGCGCCGUCAGAGAGCGUAAGAUAAAGACGCGGCGUCAGCUGAACAUGUCGAGUGAAGAAAGCUACUUGGCCAUCAUACGCUAUCUGACCGAUGAACGCGAGCCGUACGCGCCGGGGACGCCCGGGAACACCAAGAGGAAAAUACGCAAAGCGGCGACAUGUUACGUGGUGAGGAACGGGACUCUGUACUACCAGCGGCGGCUGAAGGGCCAGAAUGAGUUCACGGAGCUGGAGGUGGUGCUGCAGGACGGCCGGAGGAAGGAACUAAUCAACGACGCGCACAUUAUCACUGAAGGAGGGGAGCACCUGAACCAGCAGCUCACCUGGGAAACCAUCUCCCAGAAGUACUGGUGGAGAGGUAUCCUAAAACACGUCAAAGACCACAUCAGAGAGUGUGCUCACUGUCAAAGCAGGCGCUGCGCUGAUGACGGCGCCGGACAUCGACUGUUCUCCCGGCCGGGGAGACGAAGGGCGGCUGCCAGCGCGAAUGAUGAAGAGGAUGAGGAGGAGGAGGAAGAAGAGGGAGACGAUAGUUUAGUUUUCACAGACUCCUCGUGUCAACUGAGACACAAAUCGGCCAAGUCGACGGCAAAACACGAACUCGUCUUUGUGGACAGUAAAGGUGAGGUGAAUCAGUUCCUGCCCAAACACAGCCAGACGAUGUUGGACAAACUCAACCAGCAGCGACUCAGCAAUCAGUUCUGCGACAUCACCCUGCUGAUCGAGGGCGAGGAGUACCGAGCGCACAAAUCUGUCCUGGCGGCGUGCAGCGAAUACUUCAACGAGCUCUUCUUUGAGAAGGGGGCUGCCUCCACACACGAGGCCGUGGUCGACCUCUCAGGUUUCACCAAAGCCAGCUUCCUCCCGCUGCUGGAUUUUGCGUACACGUCCAUGCUCACGUUUAACUUCUGCAUCAUGGCAGACAUCGCCAACCUGGCGCGGCACUUGCUGAUGACGGAGGUGCUGCAGAUAUGCGAGUCUGUGCACAAGCAGGUGGAGGAGCAGAAGCUGACGGUGUAUCAGAAAGGGGAUGUGCACACGGUGGUGUCGAGCCAAAUGGCGACUCAGGAGGGUUUAAGGAACGAGUCUGAAGCCUACAUGGUCACCAUCGAGUGUGACGGCCGCGCCGUGGUCACACAGGGUGGUGUCACGGUAACAGACGAGCCCUUAGCUCUUGUCGCGCCUGCUGAAGAGACGUACAUCCAGCAGCCGAUGACCGUUAUCGCUGAAGCUGUAGAGGCGGUCAAAGAGCAUCAUGGGGAGGUGGGACAGAACGAGACGGUGACUCUGAUCGCUCACGGCGGACAGGCCGAGCCGGGAGAGACCGUCACUCUUAUCUCACGCAGCGCAGAGGGGAUGGAGGCGGAGACGAUGACUGUGGUCACCCACAGCGGACAGGCUGGAGCCAGCGAGUCUCUCGCCGUGGUGUCGGCCUGCCUGGCGAUGGAGCAGCCGCAGGUCGCCGAAGCCGGAGCCUUUGUGAUAAACGUGGACCCCGACAAAGUGAGCCCCUCGGAGGUCGUCAAACUGGCAUCUGAAGCGGCAGUGGCGGCGUCCCCUCAGGAGAAGGUCGAACCAGCACCGGCACCACAGAAACGUAAACGAGGGCGUCCGGCCAAGGUGAAGAAGGUGGAGGAGGUGGAGGAGUACGUGCCUCUGGAGGAGGAGGAUCCCUCUGCUGAUGAAAGCCAGGCAGACAAGCAGGAGAUGACGUCAGACGACCCCAACAAAAGACGACUCCGGCAGCGCUCUAUAGCCGAGGGCGGGUAUGCACGUUUGCAUAUGGGGCUGGAGGAAGAGGAGGAGGCAAAAAAAGGUUCCACCCCCCCGCGUGCUGCCACGCCAAAGGUGGUUCCGAGGCCCGGUAAGAGGGGACGACCACCAAAGCAGCCAGUGGAGACUCCGGGUGCCGAAGGACAGUCUGUGUCCGAGCUGGAGCCAGAGGCCGGCGCGGUGGAGAGCGUGACGAUGGGAGAGCCAGACGCAGACGAGGCUGGGACGAAGGUGGCAGCGCCAGAGACCGGCGCCAAGCAGGACCAAACCCCUGCGGAGAGCGCCGUGGAAGGAGAGCACACGUGCUCAGAGUGCGGCAUGUCCUUCCAGAGACGCUACUCUCUCAUCAUGCACUCGUUAAAACACGAGAAAGCUCGAGGUUACAAGUGCAGCCUGUGCAGUAAGGAGUUCCAGUACGCCGCCUCUCUCCGCGCCCACCUGGCCCGCCACAAGCAGCAGAGCAGCCAGCGAGCGCCCAUCCCCAAACCCUCAGCGGAGCAGAGCUCCGAGGGCAAGGCGGACAGCGAAUUGGAUGAUAAGACUUCGUCGCCACACACCAAAAGAGAAUUUGUGUGCGACAUCUGCGGGAAGACGCUUCCGAAGCUCUACUCUCUGCGGAUCCACAUGCUGAAUCACACGGGCGUGCGGCCUCACUCCUGCAAGGUCUGCGGCAAGACGUUCGCCCACAAACACAGCCUGAAGAUGCACCGCGCGCUGCACGACGUCACCAAACAGUUCCAGUGUGAAUACUGCAAGAAGUCGUUUGUGAGCAAGCGGAGCAUGGAGGAGCACACCAGCCUGCACACAGGUGAAUCGAAGUACCUUUGCAACACGUGCGGAGCGACUUUCCACCGAGCCUCAGCUUUGAGCAAACACCUGAAGAAGCACCAGCCCAAACCCGACGUCCGUCCGUACGCCUGUAAUCACUGUGAUAAAAGGUUCUACGAAGCCAAAGAUCUCCAGCAGCACAUGAACAAGCACAUGGGCCUGAAGCCGUUCCAGUGUCAGGUGUGUGGGAAGUGCUACAGCUGGAAGAAGGACUGGUACUCGCACGUCAAGUCCCACAGUGUGGCCGAGCCGUUCAAAUGUAACGUGUGCGGGAAGGAGUUCUUUGAGAAGGCUCUGUUCAGGAGGCACGUGAAGAAAGCCACUCAUGGGAAGAAAGGACGCGUAAAGCAGAACCUGGAGAGGGAGUGUGAGCAGUGCGGACGAAAGUUCACGCAGCUCCGAGAGUACAGACGCCACAUCAACAACCACCAGGGAGUGAAGCCAUUUGAGUGUCUGACUUGCGGCGUGGCGUGGGCCGACGCCCGCUCUCUCAAGCGUCACGUCCGCACGCACACAGGAGAGCGGCCGUAUGUAUGCCCCAUGUGCCAGGAGGCUCACAUCGACGCGCGCACCCUACGAAAACACAUGGCCAAGUACCACGGGGACAACCUGCCCGGGAAGAUCAUGCUGGAGAAGGACACCCUCCAGUUCCACAACCAGGGCACCCAGGUGGAGCACGCAGUCAGCAUCCUGGCGUCGGAGCUCCCUCCGGAGCUCCGGCCGGCCCAGCAGCCGCCCUCAGAGCAGAUAGAGACGGUGCUGAUCACCGAGGAGACGGUGGAGGCCGUUGAGGCUGUGCAGGCCGUCCAGGCCGUGAGCGACGGCUCGGUGACGACGCUCUCCGAUCAGGGCAUCAUGCAGGUUGUGAACUAUGUCCUGGCGCAGCAGGCCAUCACGGGCGGCAAGCUGGAGGAGGCUCCCGAGGUGAUUCAGACGAUGGAGGUGGAGGUCGCUCACGUGGCCGAAGUGGAGUAAUUUUGUGCGAGACACCCGGACUCCCGCUCAGACUGAUCAGAUUGUUUCUCAGAGUCUGUACAAAAUGUAACAGAAUGUAAAAAGAUGACUAUUUUUCUGUGAAUGUAAAUACCGUUAGUGAACCACGGGUGAAGUAUUCGCUGUGCGUUGGAUGGGUUGUGUGUGCAGAUACAUUCACAUGUCUUCGUUUUAUGUAAAUAGCUUGUGCAUUGUAACAAGAUCGAUGAGUUACAAAUCGUCCUCAGGAGAAAUAAAGGUAGAGCGGAAGACAGCA